UGAAUUUGGAAGUCAAGAGUGAGGAUUCUCUAGGGAGAGAAUAAAGAUGCUGGGCCUUUCCUUUGGGUUUGAGAGGAAAUAGUGCUUAAAGACUGACCUUCCUUUCUCUGGUCACGUGGCUGGUGCUAGUAUAAAUGCUUACUACCAGCCAGGUUCCUCACCAUUUUUUCCCGCAUGGCAUGGACAGAAGCAGGGGCUAAAGCUCUGUUCCUCUCUCCUGGAAGCUUGCAGAUCUCCCUUCAGAACCAAUCCCAAGAAGCCACCUAUCCGGAACAACACAAGGAUGCUGCCGGACUGGAAGAGCUCCUUGAUCCUCAUGGCUUACAUCAUCAUCUUCCUCACUGGCCUCCCUGCCAACCUCCUGGCCCUGCGGGCCUUUGUGGGGCGGGUCCGCCAGCCCCAGCCUGCACCUGUGCACAUCCUCCUGCUGAGCCUGACGCUGGCCGACCUCCUCCUGCUGCUGCUGCUGCCCUUCAAGAUCAUCGAGGCUGCGUCGAACUUCCGCUGGUACCUGCCCAAGGUCGUCUGCGCCCUCACGAGUUUUGGCUUCUACAGCAGCAUCUACUGCAGCACGUGGCUCCUGGCGGGCAUCAGCAUCGAGCGCUACCUGGGAGUGGCUUUCCCCGUGCAGUACAAGCUCUCCCGCCGGCCUGUGUAUGGAGUGAUUGCAGCUCUGGUGGCCUGGGUUAUGUCCUUUGGUCACUGCACCAUCGUGAUCAUCGUUCAAUACUUGAACACGACUGAGCAGGUCAGAAGUGGCAAUGAAAUUACCUGCUACGAGAACUUCACCGAUAACCAGUUGGACGUGGUGCUGCCCGUGCGGCUGGAGCUGUGCCUGGUGCUCUUCUUCAUCCCCAUGGCAGUCACCAUCUUCUGCUACUGGCGUUUUGUGUGGAUCAUGCUCUCCCAGCCCCAUGUGGGGGCCCAGAGGCGGCGCCGAGCCGUGGGGCUGGCUGUGGUGACACUGCUCAAUUUCCUGGUGUGCUUCGGACCUUACAACGUGUCCCACCUGGUGGGGUAUCACCAGAGAAAAAGCCCCUGGUGGCGGUCAAUAGCAGUGGUGUUCAGUUCACUCAACGCCAGUCUGGACCCCCUGCUCUUCUAUUUCUCUUCUUCGGUGGUGCGCAGGGCAUUUGGGAGAGGGCUGCAGGUGCUGCGGAAUCAGGGCUCCUCCCUGUUGGGACGCAGAGGCAAAGACACAGCAGAGGGGACAAAUGAGGACAGGGGUGUGGGUCAAGGAGAAGGGAUGCCAAGUUCGGACUUCACUACAGAGUAGCAGUUUCCCUGGACCUUCAGAGGUCGCCUGGGUUACACAGGAGCUGGGAAGCCUGGGAGAGGCGGAGCAGGAAGGCUCCCAUCCAGAUUCAGAAAUCCUUAGACCCAGCCCAGGACUGGGACUUUGAAAAAAAUGCCUUUCACCAGCUUGGUAUCCCUUCCUGACUGAAUUGUCCUACUCAAAGGAGCAUAAGUCAGAGAUGCACGAAGAAGUAGUUAGGUAUAGAAGCACCUGCCGGGUGUGGUGGCUCAUGCCUAUAAUCCCAGAACUUUGGGAGGCUGAGGCAGGUGGAUCACUUGAGGUCGGGAGAUUGAGAACAUCCUGGCCAACAUGGGAAAACCCCGUCUCUACUAAAAAUACAAAAAAAUUAGGUGGGCAUGGUGGCACAUGCCUAUAAUCCCAGCUACUCUGGAGGCUGAGGCAGGAGAACCCUUGAACCCGGGAGUUGGAGGUUGCAGUGAGCUGAGAUCACGCCACUGCACUCCAGCCUAGCGACAGAGCAAGACUCCAUCUAAAAAAAAAAAAAAAAAAAAAAGAAGCACCUUCUCUUCAGGCUGGAGAAGCAGCGUAGCUAACACAAGUCCAGUCCUUGUGAUGUGGUUGGUAAUUGGGGAUGGCCAGGCUGAAGCAGAGAGUCCUAGAGAAAUCUCGAUACAAGCUUCAAAGCAACACCUAGACACUGCUCUAGCAGUUGAUCCUGGAGAUAAACCAACAAGAGAGAGAUGGAAGAGAAAUACUAAAUGAGGUCAAAGAAGACUCAGAAAGGUUCUGAGCCUGGAGAUGAGCAGGGAGGCCUCAGGGCUUAGACCUUUAAUGAUAGGGGUUUCCCUGCAUCGGUUUGACCUGUUGCCUUUUUGAUGUGCUCUGUUUGUUUUCAUGUGUUAUCUUGUCUCCCCUGCUAAACUGGGAGCUGCCAGGGGUCUGGGUCUUAUCUCCUUCCUCCAUGGUACCCCACACAGGCCAGGAUGUGGUUUGGUACCCAGCAAUCAGAGAUUGGCACUCCCUCAUACAGGGGAAAGCAACCUGGUCUAGCAAAUUGAAAAUAAAGAUGAUAAAACUCU